UUGACGUGGUUGUUGCUGUUGAGAUAAGUAUAAUAAAGGUUGUUGUGGUUGGGGUGGCUGUUGUAGUUGAGGUGAGAAUGAUAAAGGCUGCUGUGGUUGCGGUUGAGGUGAAAAUGAUAAAUAUUGUUGUGGUUGGGAUGGCUGUUGUAGUUGAGAUGAGAAUGAUGAAUGAUGUUGGGGUCGGAGUGGCUGUUGUAGUUGAGGCGGUUGUUGCGGCUGAGAUGAAAAUGGUGAAUGUUGUUGUGGUUGGAGUGGCUGCUGUAGUUGAGAUAAUUGUUGUGAUUGAGGUGAGAAUGAUAAAUAUUGUUGUGGUUGGAGUGACUGCUAAUGAUAUAGCUUGA